AUGUCUGCACACUCGCCGCCUUCCCCGACCCUUAAACCUUCCAAGAGGCCGCGCCAAUCUCAAGACGAAGAAGACGCCUCGCCGGCUUCCACCGGUAAUGGACAAAGUCCGGUGGCCGACCAAAAUGACGCUGGCUCCGUCCGUUCGGAGGACAAGGCCGCAAAGACUGGUGGCACCGGUUCUGCCGCCCUCCAGUCCAGCACGUUUCGCAAUGUGAGCGCGUGCAACAGGUGCCGCCUACGGAAGAACCGUUGCGACCAGAAGCUCCCCGCCUGCGCCAGCUGCGCAAAAGCCGGUGUCGCUUGCGUGGGCUACGAUCCAAUCACCAAAAAGGUGAUACCCAGGAGCCAUGUGUACUACCUGGAAACUCGAGUUGACCAGCUCGAGGCCUUAUUGAGCGCAAACAACAUUCCUUUUCCCCCAGCCGAAGACCUCGAGUCGUGCUCUAGGCCCGGCAAUGAACCGAAGAGAUCCGUUGCCGAAACCGGCUUCCCUAUGCAACCAGACAACGUGGAAGGACAUGAUGUGUCGAAAGGCCCAUCUCGGGUUCAUCGGGUAGACCUCGACAAGGCGAAGGGGGUUGAUGCCAACUCGGGAAUGCUGAACAUCGUCAGUCCGUCCAAGCCGCGGUCCCUUGCCUCUGCCUCUGGUGUCUCUUUCAAUCGCGUUGUCUUCGCCGCUGUCCAACACUCAGUGUCGGAUAACAACGGGGCCCCUGACCGAGGGCCAGGCAAGACCACCAUGCGAGAUUCUUUCUUCGGACUGCAUACCAAGCCCACGAUUCGACCAGCACCCUUCCCCGAGAAAUCCGUCGCCUUGAGGCUCGUGACACUAUACUUCGAACAUGCGAAUCCCCAAAUUCCCAUCCUCCACCGGGGGGAAUUCAUGCAGAUGUUCGAACAGGCCUACACAACCGAAGGUGGCGCUCGUGGCGCGCGGGAGCUCUACAUGCUGAAUAUGGUCUUCGCCAUCGGUUGCGGCGUCAUCGUCGGUGAGCCCGUCAAGUCAGAGGGUUCCGGAGCUGGUGGACCCACGAAUCCCGUAGAUAGCAACAACUUCGGCCAGGCGCAGCCCGAGGAAUAUCAUGCGAGCGCCAUAGUGCACCUCGAGGCUUGUCUCGGAUCUGGCGGCGGUGGCCUGGAGGUCCUGCAGGCUGUCCUGCUACUCGCGAAUCUGGCCUUGCUUCGACCUGUGCCCCCCGGCCUCUGGUAUAUCAUCGGUGUUGCUGUUCGAUUGGCCGUUGACCUAGGCCUGCAUCGCGAGGACAGUCACGAUCUCGAAACGGCGAUUCCUAAUCGUCCGCCUACCGACGAGCCUGAGAGCAAGGAGAGGAAAGAGACGAGGGAGAUGCAGAUGCGCGAAAGGGGCAAGAGACUCGUCAUCCGUGACAUGAGGCGGCGCUUGUGGUGGUGUACCUACUCGUUCGAUCGCCUUGUCAGUACUUGCGUCGGCCGGCCGUUCGGUAUUAGCGACCAGGUCAUCACUACGGAGUUCCCCUCGCUGCUCGACGACAAAUACAUCACGCCGACGGGCUUCGUCGGACUCCCGGCCGAUGUCGACGAGGAGCCGAGCUACAAGAAGGUAGCGCAUCACUAUUUCAAGCUGCGAUUGCUUCAGUCGGAAAUCCUGCAGGUCCUGCAGUACAACCAGACGCAAGUGGCUCGUGCCGCCGGUCAGAACUUGACCAAUUCAGAUAUGCACGCGCACCUGCCCUCGCCGUUCCUGGUCAGCUUCGACUCGUUCCGCUCGUGGAGAAUCGAUAUCGACAGGAGGCUGUACCAAUGGAGGAAUUCCGCUCCUACCAGGGAGGAAACAGGAGUCGCCUUCUCGACAGAGUUCCUCGAGCUCAACUAUUGGCAGGCCAUCAUCAUGCUUUACAGACAGAGCUUGAGCGUCCCUGCCAUGUUCGAAGGAGAGUAUAAUACUUCGACAGAAGUCAACAGCCCUACGGCUUUCCAGGCCGAACUGCGCGAGGAUGAAGACAGGAUAUAUCUCAAAGUCGCUGAGGCAGGGCAGAAGAUCUUGCGGAUUUACAGGCAGCUUCAUCUCAGCGGCCUCGUCAGCUACACAUAUCUCUCUACUCACCACCUUUUCAUGGCGGGCAUAUCAUAUCUCUAUGCCAUUUGGCAUUCGCCCAUCGUCCGCAGCCGCCUGACAAUGGACGAGGUUGAUUUUACCGUCCUGGCAGCCAAGUCCGUAUUCACAGAUCUGAUCGAUAAAUGCCCCCCUGCUGAAACCUGCCACGACGCCUUCAACCGCACCGCCAAAGCGACCAUCAAAAUGGCCAAUUCGACGGGAGGCUUCGGCGCCGCCCCUCCUAGAAAAGGGAGAGAAAGUAGGACUGACUGGAGCUCGGCCGGCGGCGACGGCUCUUCCACAGCCGGCGUCUCGCACAGGAGGCAGCCACCUUCCUUGCACCAGGGACCGUUCCGAAUCGAUUUUCCGGGGUCCGAUGCUCUCUCCUCUCCAAGCCUCUCGGCCAGUGGAGACCUUCCGAUCCCAUCUCCCUCCAUGGCACGGCCCAAGACGUUCAAAUCCGACCCAUACGCCCUAGUCGCUUCGCAGCAGCAAGGCCGGGCGAGCCCCUCGGAUAUUUCGGGGCUAGAUGCCGCCAUGAUGGCGUCUCCGAGCCCCUUCCGGCAAAACCAAGCACCGCAACAGACCACGGCCGGGGCGCGUGGUGCGCCGAGCGCCUUUCUCAACCCGCAGGGGCAGUACGGUUCCGGCGACGCUGCUGCGGGUGGUUCCAGCAGCACCAAAUGGGACUACGACGAUACUCAGAUGCAGGAUUUCUUCCAGGGCUUGCAGCAGAUGGGCCCAGACGCGUCGGGAGGAGGAGGGGGCGGGGAUGACUUGUCGUCCGUCCCCGGGACCGCCGGCGACUUUGGACAGCAGCAGUUCGAUCUCGGGCUCGGCAUGAACUGGGACAAUAUGCACCAUGAUUUUAGCGACGAUCAGCAGAUUAACAUUUUUAGCGGGUAUUUCUUCGGUAGCCAGCAGCAGCCAAACGGGGGUGGUGCCGCGUCGAAUGGGAGUGGCGGCGCGGGAGGAGCGUAA